AUGCUGCUCCAGCAGCAGCAGCAGCAGCAGCAGCAAAUGCGGCCAGGGAUGGUGCCUCAGCAGCAGGGCGUAAGCGCAAGCCGAAGGCACACGAAAGCCCCAGGCAGUGUGCCGCAGGACGAGGACUCAGGAGACGAGCUGGACCAAUUCCAGCCAUUCAAAAUCUCACUGAAGCGGUACCAGCAGAAUCACUCGAUGAUGUCGGAUGUGUUUGUGGCCUUGCCAACCAGCACUGUAGAGGUGCCCAAGCACUACUACGAAGAGCUAAACGAAGGGGCG